AAUAGUCUCAUCCACCGAACCAACUUAACUUGUUGCCCUCCCCAUAAAACCCACAACACAAGUCUCUCUCUUUCUCAUUUAUAUAUAUUCUUCACUACUUGCAUUAUAUUGCUUUCCCCCAAAGAUAAGUGAAAUUCGAGAGAAUAUGGGUGUUCUUGAUUAUUUUUCAAACUUUUGCUAUGAUACCAGCAUACGACGUAACAAAAGGAAACCAUUGCAGACGGUGGAGAUAAAAGUGAAGAUGGAUUGUGAUGGAUGCGAAAGAAGAGUCAAGAAUGCCGUUAAACGGAUGAAAGGUGUGAAAACAGUGGAAGUGAUUAGAAAGCAAAACAGGGUGAUAGUGAGUGGUUAUAUUGAACCACAGAGAGUGUUGAAUAGAAUAAAAAGCACAGGAAAAAGAGCAGAGAUGUGGCCAUAUGUUCCUUAUAAUUUGGUGUCCUAUCCAUACGUAGCUCAGGCAUAUGACAAAAAGGCUCCUUCUGGUUUUGUGAAAAAUGUACCACAGGCACGUCUUACCCCUAAUGCUACUGAAGAAAAGAUUACUUACCUUUUUAGUGACGACAAUCCCAAUGCUUGUUCUAUUAUGUAAAUUCUCUAUAUUUUCUUUUUCCUACUUAAUUCCAAGAUCAUCUUUUUUUUCUUGUUUGGUCUUUUGGAAUUUCGGAAAAGAAUAUUAUGUAUUUUUCUCAUAAUUAAGAUUGGGCUUAGAUACAACCAAUGGUUUGAUCAAUGGAAGAUUACGUUUAUGAAACGAGUA